AUGUCCGUCGUUAACGGGGCAGCUGCCAAUGGUCAGACAGAUCAGUAUGACCAUGCUAGAGUAGCUCACUUCAUCGGUGCCAACAGCCUCGAUGUAGCCACUGCUGGUAGAGUAACGGACUUUGUGAAAGCUCAAGGAGGUCACACCGUCAUCACCAAGGUGCUUAUCGCCAACAACGGUAUCGCCGCCGUCAAAGAGAUCAGAUCCAUCAGAAAAUGGUCAUACGAAACCUUUGGUUCAGAUCGUCAGAUAGAGUUCACUGUCAUGGCUACUCCUGAAGAUUUGAGGAUCAAUGCGGAAUAUAUUAGAAUGGCAGACCGAUACGUCGAAGUACCAGGUGGUACCAACAACAACAAUUAUGCCAACGUCGAUUUUAUCGUUGAUGUAGCUGAAAGAGCUGGUGUACAUGCCGUAUGGGCUGGUUGGGGUCACGCUUCCGAGAACCCUCGACUUCCUGAAACCCUUGCCAAAUCAAAGAUCGUCUUCAUCGGUCCACCAGGAUCAGCUAUGCGAUCAUUAGGAGACAAGAUCUCUUCCACCAUCGUAGCUCAACAUGCCGAAGUACCUUGUAUGGCUUGGUCCGGUACUGGUAUUUCAGAUACCAUGCUCUCCCCCCAAGGAUUUGUCACUGUACCAGACAAGGCUUACGCCGAUGCCUGUGUCACAUCUUGGGAACAAGGAUUAGAAAAGGCUGAGAAGAUCGGAUGGCCAGUGAUGAUCAAAGCCUCAGAAGGUGGUGGUGGUAAAGGUAUUAGAAAAGUGGAAGAUCCAGAGAAGUUCAAGAAUGCUUUCCAAGCUGUAGCGGGAGAAGUUCCAGGUUCCCCAAUAUUCAUCAUGAAACUUGCUGGAUCUGCACGACAUCUUGAAGUCCAACUUAUGGCCGAUCAAUACGGUAACGCCAUCUCUCUUUUCGGUCGAGAUUGUUCCGUUCAGAGACGACACCAAAAGAUCAUCGAAGAAGCCCCUGUCACUAUCGCUCGACCUGACACUUUCGAAGAGAUGGAGAAAGCUGCUGUACGACUUGCCAGGCUCGUCGGUUAUGUUUCAGCUGGUACCGUCGAGUACCUCUACUCCCACUCCGAUGAUUCAUUCUACUUUCUCGAACUCAAUCCCCGUCUUCAAGUAGAACAUCCUACUACCGAAAUGGUUAGUGGAUGUAACAUCCCCGCUAUCCAACUUCAAGUUGCUAUGGGUAUUCCCUUACACAGAAUUAGGGAUAUUAGAACUCUUUACGGUAUGGACCCCCACGGUGUUACCGAGAUCGACUUUGACGGCACUCGACCUGAAUCCGCCAACACCCAGAGAAAACCCAGACCAAAGGGUCACGUUAUCGCUUGUAGAAUCACUGGUGAAAAUCCAGAUGCUGGUUUCAAGCCUUCUUCCGGUAACCUUACGGAGUUGAACUUCAGAUCCAACUCAAAUGUCUGGGGUUACUUCUCCGUCUCUUCUGCUGGUGGUCUGCACGAAUAUGCGGAUUCUCAAUUCGGUCAUAUCUUCGCUUACGGUAUGGAGCGUAGUGAAGCUAGAAAAUCAAUGGUAGUUGCUUUGAAAGAACUUUCCAUCCGAGGUGAAUUCCGAACUACUGUUGAAUAUCUCAUCAAAUUGCUCGAAAAACCUGAAUUCGAGAACAAUACUCUUACCACUCAGUGGCUCGAUGGCCUUAUCGCUGAAGGUAUGACAUCUGAACGACCUGAUCCAGUGGUUGCAGUCGUUUGUGGUGCCGUCGUCAAAGCUCACAUCGCAUACGAAGCAUCCCUCGCCAAAUACAAGUCUGUCUUAGAUAAAGGUCAAGUACCAUCCAAAGACACCCUCCAAACCUUUUUCAAGAGCGAAUUUAUCUACGAAAACGUACGAUAUUCUUUUGCUAUGGCUAAAUCAUCGCUCUUCUCCUUCACUCUCUACCUCAACGGUGGUCGAAUCUUUGUCGGAGCUAGAAGCUUGAGUGAUGGUGGUUUGUUAGUAUCACUUGAAGGCGCUUCUCAUACCGUUUACUGGAGAGAAGAAGUCGGUGCUAUGGUUCUUUCUAUUGACUCCAAGACGACUGUUAUCGAAGAUGAGCAAGAUCCUACCCAACUCCGAUCUCCUUCUCCCGGUAAACUUGUACGAUACCUCAUCGACUCCGGUGAUCACAUUGAUGCUGGCGAUGCUUAUGCUGAAAUCGAAGUUAUGAAGAUGAUCAUGCCUGUCACUGCUAGUGAAAGUGGUAUCGCUCAAUUCAUGAAACAACCUGGUCAGACUCUCGCCUCAGGUGAACUUCUCGGUAUUUUGACUCUUGAUGACCCAACCAAGGUUAAAUUUGCCAAACCUUUCGAAGGUAUCCUCCCCACUUUCGAGCUCAAGAAUGGUCGAUACGGCACCAAACCCCAUCAACGACUCAGAGAACACCUUGAAGUCCUUUACGACAACCUCCAAGGUUUCGACAACAGUGCUUCGGUCUCAAACUCCCUUCGUAUAGUCGAGUCUGUCUUGAAAGAUGCCGACUUACCUUACUCCAACGCUCAAGAAGUCAUGUCUACACUGAGCGGUCGAAUCCCUCAAAAGCUUGAAGAAGAGAUCCGAUCUAUACUUGACUCUAGCCGAGCCAAGAACCUCGAAUUCCCAUCACUACGAUUGAAACGGACUAUCGACCUCUACAUCGAUGACAACGUGCCACCUAAAGAGAGAGCACAAGUCACUGCUGCCAUUUCCCCUCUUUCAGUGGUCAUUGACGCUUUUGCCCAUGGAUUAAAAGUUCACGAAUGGAGAACAUGGGCCGACUUACUCAACUACUUUGCCGAUGUUGAAGAACCUUUCGCAGACACCACCAGAACUGCUGAAAAUAUCGUGCUCAAGUUGAGAGAAGAUAACAAGGAUCUCGAUGCUGUCGUCAAGCUUGUUUUAUCCCACAGCAAGAUUGCUCUCAAGACCAAGCUCAUCCUCGCCUUACUCGAUAUCGUUAAGGCUGAAUCUCCACGAGCUUCCAUGACCCCUGAGAGUCACAUCAACGAAGUUCUCAGUCGAUUAGCCGCAUUGGAGUCUCGACCUGCUGCCAAGGUAGCUCUCAAAGCUAAAGAAGUAUUAAUCGUUGGUUCUCUCCCAUCUUACGAAGAGAGACUAGGUCAACUCGAACAGCUCCUCAAGGCUUCCGUCACUACCAGCUAUUACGGUGAACUUGGUUCUGGACACCGACUUCCUUCCGCUGACAUGCUCAAGGAGGUUACCGACUCUCGAUACACCGUCUUCGACGUGCUCACCACUUUCUUCGAACACGAAGACCCUUGGGUCGCUCUUGCUUCUCUUGAGGUGUACAUUAGAAGAGCUUACCGAGUCUACAAUGUCAUGCAUCUUGACUACGAAGUUGGAGUAAACGGUGAACCUCACAUCGUCACCUGGCGAUUCAAGCUCGGUUCUCCUCAAUCCGAACCAGUCACUCCUCGUGUCGAUUCAAUGCGAGAUUUCACCCGGAUUGCUUCCAUGUCCGAUCUCAACUAUGUCGUCAACACCAAGGCUGAACCUACCCGAUUCGGUCUGAUGACUUCUUAUAACAAACUCGCCGACCUUGAAAACGGAUUCUCCAAACUGUUGUCAAUGUACGCUCCUUUCAGCCAUGCUGAAUUCGCUGAGAAAUACGGUAGCGACGCUAGAAGUCCUCAUGUCAUGAACGUAGCUUUGAGACUCUUCAACGGUGACCAGGAACUUACCGAUGAACAGCUCAAUGAACGAUUCCACGCUCUCGCCAACCAGUACGCCGAUAAAAUCACCAGCAAAGGUAUUCGAAGAGUCUCGUUCAUGGCCUGCAGAAAAGGUCAAUACCCAUCGUACUUCACCCUCAGACCUACUUCCGAUGGAUCAUGGAAAGAAGAAGAGGCUAUCAGAAACAUCGAACCAGCUCUCGCUUAUCAACUGGAACUCGGACGAUUGGUCAACUUCAAGAUCACUCCUCAACCUUCAACCAACAGACAAAUCCACGUCUAUCACGCGGUGGGCCGAGAGAAUACCUCCGAUGUUCGAUUCUUCGUUAGAGCUCUAUUGCGACCUGGUCGAUUCCAAGGUCAAAUGCAAGUCAAGGAGUAUCUCAUUUCCGAGACCGAUAGAUUGGUUGGGGAUAUCCUAGAUACCUUGGAAGUUGUGUCCGGUCAAAUCAGACAAGCCGACUGUAACCACAUCAGUGUCAACUGCGUCUACUCUCUCAGUGUAUCCUUUGACGAUCUACAAGAAGCUCUUGCUGGAUUCAUUGAACGACAUGGUAAGAGAUUGUGGAGAUUGCGAGUUACUCAAGCCGAAAUCAGAGUUGUUAUUGAGGAUGAGGAAGGCAAUCCAUUGCCUAUCCGAGCCUUCAUCGAGAACGUUUCUGGUUUCGUCGUCAAAUACGAAGCUUACCAAGAAGUUACCAACGACAAGGGUAAAUCAAUCCUCAAAUCUAUUGGCGAACAAGGUCAAUUCCACCUUCAACCUGUCAACUUCCCAUACACCACCAAGGAAUCGCUCCAACCUAGACGAUACCAAGCUCACGUUAUCGGUACCACUUACGUCUACGACUUCCCUGACCUCUUCAGACAAGCUGUUGACAAGGCUUGGCGACAGCUCACUCAAUACCUCCCCCACGUCAAAGUCCCAUCUGACCUUCUCCAAGCCUCUGAACUUGUACUUGACGAACAUGGUGAACUGCAAGAAGUCAAUCGACCACCUGGUCUCAACACUUGCGGUAUGGUAGCUUGGGUUUUCACCAUGAAGACACCUGAAUACCCCAAGGGCAGAAAGGUAGUCGUCAUCUCCAACGAUAUCACCUACCAAAUUGGUUCUUUCGGUCCUACCGAAGAUGAGUUCUUCUACAAAGCUACUCAAUACGCUCGACACUUCGGUCUCCCACGAGUAUACCUCUCAGCCAACUCUGGUGCUCGUAUUGGUCUCGCCGAAGAGGUUAUGUCCUUGUUCGAUGUCGCAUGGAGAGAACCUGGUAAACCCGAAAAAGGUUUCGAUUACCUCUAUCUUACACCUGAGAAACUAGAGAAACUCAACACCCUCGGUGCUGGCAGUGUGAUCACCAACGAGAUCGAAGUUGACGGUGAACGAAGACACCAAAUCACCUCGAUCAUCGGUUUGAAAGAUGGGUUGGGUGUGGAAUGUCUCAGAGGAUCAGGGUUGAUUGCUGGUGAGACCUCAAGAGCGUACGACGAUAUCUUCACCAUCUCCAUGGUCACUGCUCGAUCGGUCGGUAUCGGUGCCUAUCUCGUCAGACUUGGUCAACGUGUCGUACAAGUCGAAGGUCAACCUAUCAUCUUGACUGGUGCUCAAGCUAUCAACAAGGUUUUGGGUAAGGAAGUGUAUACCUCGAACAUUCAAUUGGGUGGUCCACAAAUCAUGUACAAGAAUGGUAUCUCCCACCUUGUCGCUGCUAGUGACUUGGAUGGUGCUCUUCAGAUCGUCAACUACUUGAUGUUCAUUCCUGAACGACGAGGCCGAGCCAUCCCUAUCCUCCCUACUGGCGAUCCUUGGGACAGAAACGUCGAAUGGAAACCCACCAAAGCCGCUUACGACCCCCGAAACUUCCUUGCCGGUUGUUACGAGGAUGUUGACGGUGUGAACACUUGGAGAUCGGGUAUUCUCGAUAAUGGAAGUUUCUUUGAGACUAUGGGUGGAUGGGCUCAAACCAUCGUUACUGGACGAGGAAGACUUAACGGUAUCCCCGUAGCUGUUAUUGCAGCUGAGACUCGAUCCAUCGAAAGAGUCGAUCCAGCCGAUCCGGCCAAUGAGAACUCUCAGGAAUCAAGAGUAUCGCUCGCUGGUACAGUAUGGUUCCCUGAUUCUUCAAGAAAGACCGCUACCGCUAUUGAAGAUUCCAACAGAGAGGGAUUACCUUUAGUCAUCUUUGCCAACUUCCGAGGGUUCUCGGGAGGAAUGUCCGAUAUGGCUCAAGCGAUCUUGAAGGAAGGAGCUAAGAUUGUUGAUGGACUUUCAUCAUACAAACAUCCUGUUAUCGUCUAUUUGGUACCCAAUGGUGAAUUACGAGGAGGUGCAUGGGUAGUAUUGGACCCAUCGAUCAACCCUGAACAUAUGACCAUGUUCGUUGACAAUGACUCGAGAGGUGGUGUGUUAGAACCUGAAGGUAUAGUAGAGGUGAAAUACAGAAAACCAAAGGUACAAGCUACGAUGGCUCGACUCGAUCCUGAAUAUGCAGAGCUCAAGAAAGCGGUUGAAAAUGCCAGUGCAUCCGCUGAAGAGAAGGCUGCUGCCACAGCAAAACUUGAGGCGAGAGAGAAACAUUUGGGUCCUGCUUAUCAAUCAAUUGCCCUUGAAUUUGCUGAUUUACACGAUCGAAGUGGACGAAUGAAAGCCAAGGCCGAUUGUAUACCUUGUGAUUGGGAGAACUCGAGAAGAGCCAUCUACUGGUCUUUGAGAAGGAAACUGAGCGAAGUCCGAAUCAUGAGGAAACUCUCGACUGCCAACCCCAACCUCACUUACCCCGAACGAAAAGAAUUGUUAUCUCAAUUCGUACCAUCCGAUAUUGGAUCAGACUCGGAGGUAGCUUCGUACAUCGAGAAACAAUCAGACAACAUUGAAAGUUUCGUGCAAUCCAUCAGGGAUGAUUACUGUGCUGAGACUCUGGUUUCCUGGGCCUCAAGUAACCAAGAAGGUGUCAUGUCUGGAUUCAAGAGGAUCUUGGAAGGUUUAUCACCCGAACAGAAAGCUGAAGUAUUAGCUGAGCUUGGUGUUACCAAAGCUUGA